AUGAGCCUUCGCCGCCUGCCGUUGAAGAUUCACGCCGCAAUGUCAGACGCCGCCAGGACUAUGGACGGUGUUUUUGCUGUACACAAACCAGCCGAUAUUACUUCUGCACAAGUUCUCCGCGACCUUCAGCGACAGUUCAACCGAUCAGAAUUCUUCAAGCCCUGGCUAGAAGCCGAGCGCCAGAGACUAAGAGAAGAGCCCAAUUGGAGUAACCGUCGUCGUGGGAAAAAAUCGAAGUGGGUGGACGUCAAACUGGGCCAUGGCGGAACUUUGGAUCCAAUUGCGACUGGAGUGUUGAUAACUGCUAUAGGCAAAGGCACAAAACAACUCAACAACUUUCUAGGAUGCACAAAAACAUACGAGGCCGUCGUACUCUUUGGUGUUGCAACUGAUAGUUACGAUCGUGUUGGGAAAGUCGUGAGCCGCGCGCCAUACGAACAUGUUACCAGGGAGAAAGUCGAGGAGGCAUUGAAGAAAUUCCGCGGUAAUAUAAUGCAGCGGCCCUCUAUAUUUUCAGCACUGAAAGUGAAUGGAAAGAAGCUCUACGAGUAUGCCAGAGAGGGAAAAGAACCUCCAGUUGAGAUUUUGGAAAGACCUGUCGAGGUUUCAAAUCUAGAAAUCGUUGAGUGGUAUGAAGGUGGCUCGCAUAAUUAUGUCUGGCCUACGGAAGAAGCCGAAGGGCCGGAGAAAGACGUUGCAAAAAAGAUGCUCGGAAAAGAGUCUGCCAUUCUGGCAACUGAUGGCAUAACCGUGGCCGCAGAUGACUCUGUCGUUGCCAGUGAAAAAUCAGAGCAGCCAGAAGGAAUAAGCCACAAAAGGAAAUCUCCGCCUCCAUCAGAUCCAACGGAACCAGCAGAACCUACAGAACCACAAGAGAGCACAAAGGAAGAAACGUCUGAACCUCCAGUAAAGCGACAGAAGCUGGAACCCGAAAAUAAAGCGGAGCCAACCACUACUAUCAACGAAGAGCUACCAUCUACGACCACACCUGCAGUAGAACCACAGACGUCUCCCACACCACCUGCGGUGAAGUUGACGAUGACCGUCUCCUCAGGAUUCUAUGUCAGAUCCCUAUCUCACGACCUAGGCCUUGCACUCGGAAGCAACGCAAUAAUGAGCGAGCUGGUGCGGACUAGACAAGGCGAUUUCGAACUCUCUCCUGAUAAGACCCUUGAGUAUUCAGAUAUGGAAGCCGGUGAGAGUGUAUGGGCACCUAAGGUGCAACGAUUUUUGGAAGAGUGGAAUGGCAAAGGUGCCCAGCAAGAGGAGCCACAGGCAGAUAAUGGACCUGCUGUAGCGGAUGCUGGAAAGGAAGAAGAAAAAUAA